GGCGCAGCGGGGACCCAGCCGAGGUCUGCCCCGCCCACGCGGGGCCGAAGCCCGUCGAAUGACUCUGUGCAACGUGUUGGUGGCUGCGGCGGAGGCGCGGGUUCUUCCGGGCUCUGCAGCUUCCUGCGGAGCAUCGCGCAGCCUCCUCGGCCGCGGGAGACCCCGGCGCAGGCCUCCGGGGUGCGAGCCACUCGGACGCAGACCUCCGCACCGUGCGUGCGCACAGCGCACCAUGAGCGCCGGGCCACCGCCGCCACCGCUGCUGCCGCUGCUGCUGCUCGCGCUCCUGGCCGCGCCCGCCGUCCUUGCUCGCAGAGCCGAGUCCGCCUGGGCCUCACAGUCCGAAGCAGACCACCAGCCUCCGCCCAGCCCGGGGAAUGCUACCCAGCUGGGAUCUGGCAUGGCGGGCGGGGGAGGUUCCAACAGCAGCGUCGACGCGGUGGUGACCCGCAUCUCCAGCCUGCUUCGCGACCUGCCCACCCUGAAGGCGACAGUGAUCGUGGCGUGCGCCUUCAGCGCUCUGCUCAUCGCCUGCCUGCUGCUGCGCGUCUUCAGGUUGGGAAAGAGGUUGAAGAAGACCCGCAAGUAUGACAUCAUCACCACCCCUGCUGAACGUGUGGAAAUGGCCCCACUGAAUGAGGAGGACGAUGAGGACGAGGACUCUACAGUAUUUGACAUCAAAUAUAGGUAAAACUUCCCUGGCUUGUCAGCAUCCUGUGAGGAAGCUGGUCAGCUGCAGCCUGGGCUGUCAAGGUCUGGGCACCAUCUCUCGCCUGAGGUGUUGAAACCCAAACCAAUGUUAUUUAUGAAACUCUGGCUUCACCCUACAUGUCCAGCAUCUGCCUGGAAUGUCACCGUCAAGCUUGUUUUCAGCUGCCAGAUGAGAGUCACCUUGGCCACCCUCAGAUGCCCCUUUGAAAUGUUCUUUCCACCGUUGUCUUGAGGGGUUUUCUGCCUUCCUGAGAAAUGAAGAUGGGAACAUUGAGCUCAGAGAUUUUUUCUAGAACAACUAUAGAUAAUAGUAAAGCUACAAUUGGGAGGAUCAAGAGUUUUAAAAAGCUGAGCUGGGGAGAUAGCUUAGCUCAGAACCUGGUCACCUUACAAGCGGGGGAGUUUGGUCCCUAGUGCUCACAUUAAAGCAAAACUAGUAUGGUGGUCCCCACCUGGAAUCUCAGCACUGGGACGCAGGUGGAUCCCUGGGGUCGACUUCUCAGUCAGCGUAGCCUAAUGAACAAGUUCCAUUGAAGACACCUGGCUACAGAAAAGUUGGUUGGCUCCAAAGGAAUAAUGGCAAAGGUUCAUUUCUGGCCUCUACAUACAUGUAUGUUUGCCAACACACACACACACACACACACACACACACACACACACACACACACACACACACCUCAGAAGCCUGAAGGACCUUCAGAUGUACCUGGGAGAACCCUGACAUUGUUGUUCUCUCAAAUUGUUUCAACUUCUUCAGGUAUGGCUUUAUUUAGGGGAGAGUUGUAUGAUAUUUCAGGAUGGAUGUAUAAGUUCCCUACCCUACCUAAGAGGUUCCUCACAAUAGGUCAUAGAAGAAUUUCACAUUAUCAGGGAUAAGAUCACAUGGGUGAGUGCAUGGAUGGGUAUGUACACCUAUCAAAUAGUUUCUCCUCUCGUGGGAAUGGAAAGUGCCAGGCAGCUCUCAGUAAGUUUUUUGUGUGCUGUACAAACAUUUCUCUGCCCUGCCUCAGUGCUAUGGUGUCUGUCUUUAAAUGUAAUGCUAAGAAAUCACUGUGGCAAUUUAAAUGAAUGUUAAUGUGUUUGGCUGAAAGAAGAAAAAGGAGGAGGAGGAGGAAGAAGAGGAAGAAAGAAAAGAAAGAGAAGAUACUUUUAAGGACUCUGUUGGAAGUUAGUCCAGGCUAGGUUGGACUGAACUGGACUGGAACUCUCCAGGGCCCACUGCUGUUCAUGAGGAGCUCAGGUGGGCACCUACACUGGGAGCUAGAUACCCAGGGAUGUCCUGAGGAAACAGGCCCUGGAUUCGGGUUAAUGGAGGCCUCCCAUGUGACCUUCUCCCAUAUUACUGUAGCUGGAAAGCUUCUGUGCAAAUCUAACAGCAGUGCCUUUGGGACCCUGGGAGUGCAUCACAUCUGGGAAGGUGGCCCUUGUUAUUUCCUUUUCAUCUUUGUCUUAGGGUUUGUGUAUUUGCCUGUCUAUUGCCCUGCUCCAUUGUUUUGGAUGAAAACUUGUACCUUGGCCAGCUCCACCCUGUGGUCAGCCUCUCCAGGUCCUGGUGGUCCAUCCUGGUUCUGGAGCCUGGCUGGGCACUGGUUCCUUCAGCCCUAAGCCAGCAUGAGGUGUGCUGAGCUCCUGGGAUCCCUUUAUUUCACCUUUUCAGUUGGCUUCUCUUGUCUGUCAUUAGCCAGAGGGGUGGGUCUGGAAACAGAGCUGGUGGCUGUCUCCUCUCACCACAUCCUCAAGCACAGUGGUAACUCUAGGAAGCUGGCCACCUCGCUGUACACUCUCUCAGCCUUGAGGCUGGGAUUCAAGGGUCCCAGAACUGCAGCUGAACCCAUGGAAAAGCUGGAUUCUCCAUUCUCCUGCCUUAUGUAUGAACACCACGGAUCCGGCUGCCAGCCACUCAUCACUGCCUGGCAAGAAUGGUGGUACAGUGACCUUCCAAAUCCUUGAUGAAACUUCAACACCAUAGGCACUUAAAUAAAGAUCCUUAAAGCAAACAAAAAAUAACCUUU